AUGGAGCGGAGACGGGAUUUUAGGAGCAUCAUCAAUUCAGUCCCCUUCACCUUUCUUGUCGGCCCAAGUCAUACGAAAUUGACCAUCCAGUCGGGUCUCGCCCGUCAUGUAUCCAGGCCACUCGACCAUCUCAUGAACAGUGGCCAGACGCGAGAGUCUAAGCAUCAGAUUGCUAUCCUAGAAGACGAAGACGUGGAGACCUUUGUCGCAUUCUGCGAAUAUGCGUACUCGGGAGACUAUAGCGUGCCGGCGCCGGGUUCGCGAGAGGACGAUGGCGUUCAAGAUUCCUUCAACAACCCGUUCCAGGGAAUGUUCUCCGGGAAUGCCGGUGGCUCGCCCCGUCAAUCGGCAAAAGCCGCCGAGAUGACAUGCGAGAAGGCUCAGUGUGAGGCCGACAAUGGGUAUAAUGUCGCUGCUAGUAACGAAGGGAAAGUUGGGAAUCGCGGCCAACAGUCACCAGGAGCAGGCCAGGCUUGGUAUCUCUCGACCACUACAGAGUAUCCACCUCAGGAUCCAACAAUUACACCCCGAGAAUCAGUGCGUUCCCAUUCUCCUUCCGAGGACCCCUCAUCCUCUAGGGGAAGGAGGCGCCACCGAGGGAAAUCCGACGCACAACGACAAACCCAGAAUCCUACUUCAAAGCUCACGCCACCACGCACCCCUCCUGGUUAUGCGAAGGUCAAACCUGUCGGAUACUCAAAUGUAGAGUCAGCUGAACCCCCCCUCGCCAUGGACCCAGAGCAAACCGAGGCGGAUCAGCUUGCCACACAUAUGAGCGAUUGGGAGCGUUCCACAUCAAUCUUCAGCAACAACGACGAUGGCGACCACACAUAUGAGCGGCAUAAACAUCAGCAACGAGAGAGCCCCAGUAGAAGCCGGGCGCGGCCAGUCAUAGAUACCUCGUUUGCCAAUCAGGAAUUCUCACCGCACCACGAGCAGGGAACAAGUCUGUGGGAUGAGUUCACAGGCAUCGAUGACCCCAAUUUCGAGUCCGCAGAACCUUCGGACCCGCUUCCAGGGCCUGAAUUGCCAUACCUGAUCUUUCACGCCAAGUUGUAUGUCUUUGCUACACGUUACCUGAUCCCAGACCUCGCCCACCUGUGUUUGCAAAAACUGCACCGAGACCUUCUGAAUCUGGCAUUCUCGGACCCCGACCCGGAAGACCAGUAUGCAGAGGAAUUCGUCUUGACGACGACCAAGGCCAGGAUGGUGGUCGACCUUCUGGAGUACACCUACAUAAAAACGACCCGCCUGGAGCCGAUCACACCCUCCUCAGCCACUCAACUUCGAGAUAAUGAGCUUCGGAGACUUGUUGUGCACUACGCGGCAUGCAAGGUGCGGGAUCUUGCAGAGUACUGUCCUCCGACAGAGCCCAUUGCAGGCUCACCCUUCUAUCCAGAAAAGGCGUCGGCUCGUGGAUUUCGUGCACUUCUGGAUACCAUUCCAGAACUCGCUUCAGACCUGAUAUAUCGCAUGAUUUAG